ACCAUGUCCGCGCCUCCCGCCAGCAACGGGGUAUUCGUGGUCAUCCCGCCCAGCAAUGCCAGCGGCCUCCGCCCACCUCCCGCCCUUCUGCCCCCGUCCAUGUGCCAGCCUCCAGGGGUCGUGCAGUUCGAGGAACCACCGCUGGGGGCGCAGGCGCCCAGGGCCACCCAGCAGCCCGACCUGCGUCCAGUGGAGACUUUUCUGACCGGAGAGCCCAAAGCUUUAGGGACGGCGCAGAUCCUCAUCGGCCUCAUCCACCUGGGCUUCGGCAGCGUGCUGCUCAUGGUCCGCCGCGGCCACCUGGGGAUGCUCUUCAUCGAAGGCGGCGUCCCCUUCUGGGGAGGAGCCUGCUUCAUCAUCUCUGGGUCCCUCUCUGUGGCAGCCGAGAAGAACCACACCAGCUGCCUGGUGCGGAGCAGCCUGGGGACCAACAUUCUCAGCGCCAUGGCGGCCUUUGCUGGAACGGCCAUUCUGCUCAUGGAUUUUGGUGUCACUAACUGGGAUGUGGGCAGGGGCUAUCUGGCAGUGCUCACCAUCUUCACCAUCCUGGAAUUCUUCAUCGCAGUCAUUGCCACCCACUUUGGGUGUCAAGCCACACGCGCCCAAGCCAACGCGUCUGUGAUUUUCCUGCCAAAUGCCUUCAGCACAGACUUCAACAUCCCCAGCCCAGCAGCCUCCCCGCCCCCUGCCUAUGACAAUGUGGCAUAUAUGCCCAAGGAGUCCUCCGAGUAG